GAUUUUAUCAAUUUUGGAUGGAGAAAAGAUAAUUUUGAAUGGAGAAAAUAAAGAAACUUUUUUUGGAGAGAGAUUAUUGUAAAUUGGAAUUUGUGGGUGUGGAGAGAUAAUAAGGAGGUUUAAUGCAUAUAACUAAUUGGAGAAAUAAGGUAGUAAAAUUUUAAGAGUAAAAUAUGGAGCUAUUUGGAAUAUACAAGAAGGGAGAAAGAAAAAGUAUAAAGAAGUUGGUGAGUCUCAUUGGGAGAGCCACGUAUGCGGAACGUGGCAAAUUCUUAGGCAAAAGAGAGCAGAGUAGCGGCAAAGCUGCAAAAGGAAGCACUGUUGCCCCGCAGCUUCAAUCGCCUGAAUUGCAGAGGCAUAUUCUCAAACACCUUAUAUGCACUCCAAAUUUAUAUGAACACUCACUCAAAUUGCCUUGCCGAUGAGGAGAAGUAUCAUUUCAUGCCUUAAAAGACGGCGGCAUCAUCCACUGCUGUCCCCAACUCCUUGUUUUGGCUGCUCAGUUGAGACUGCUUUGUGCGAAUAUUCAUCCAGUAGUUUUCAGGAGGUUAUUCUAGCUGGAAAGCAUGACAAUUUUGUUGGAUCAUGUUUGUCAACCCCAAAAUACUUUUCCACUGGGUUUUCCAGUGUGCAUGGAGAAAGGCCAACUGCUGAGUAUGCUAGAUUGAGGAAAGAAUCACUUGAAAGUGAAUUUGGCCAUGCACUUUCUUAUAAGUCGAAAAGCCUUUCAUCAUUAUAUCGUUAUGGCCCUUUCUUGGCUUUGUACAGAGCAUCCAUUAUUUCUUUCUAUGUAUUGAAGCUAACAGUUUGGCGCUUUUUUGUCCAUGACAUAAGAAGACGUGCUGUUAAGUUCCGUGAAACUCUUAUCCGCUUGGGCCCUUUCUACAUAAAGCUGGGACAAGCGUUAAGCACAAGGCCAGACAUAUUACCAAAAGUGUAUUGUCAAGAACUUGCAAAGUUACAGGACCAAAUCCCCCCAUUUCCAACUCAAGUUGCAAGAAGAUCUAUUGAGUCCCAGUUGGGUGUUCGCAUUUCACAAGUAUUUGCUGACAUUAGCAAGGAGCCAAUUGCUGCUGCAUCUCUUGGUCAAGUAUAUAAAGCUCAUCUGCACUCCGGAGAGCUUGUGGCUGUUAAGGUUCAGAGGCCUCAUAUGUCACAUUUACUGACACUUGACGCUAUGUUAUUUCACAUGAUUGGUGGCCAACUAAAAAGAUUUGCAAAAGCUCGUAAGGAUCUGUUGGUAGCUGUCAAUGAGAUGGUGAGGCACAUGUUUGAAGAAAUUGACUACAUCCUGGAAGCUCAAAAUGCCGAAAGAUUCGCAUCUCUUUAUGCAUGCAGUAGUAAAGAGAAAACUGCCCCAGGGAGUGCAGCAACUGAUAAUGUCGGGUGUCAGAGAACUGUCGGUAUCAAGGUCCCGAAAAUAUACUGGAACUUUACCCGUAAGGAGGUGCUUACAAUGGAAUGGAUAGAUGGGAUUAAGCUAACAGAUGAAAGUCGUCUGAGGAAAGCAAACCUAAAUAGGAGGAGACUUAUUGACCAGGGGUUAUACUGCUCACUGAGGCAGUUGCUGGAGGUGGGGUUUUUCCAUGCUGAUCCUCAUCCUGGGAACCUAGUUGCUACUGAGGACGGAUCUCUUGCCUAUUUUGACUUUGGCAUGAUGGGAGAUAUUCCACGUCACUAUCGUGUUGGACUUAUUAAAAUGCUUGUUCACUUCGUUAAUCGAGACUCUUUGGGUUUAGCAAAUGACUUUCUUUCGCUGGGAUUUCUACCUGAUGGAGUAGACAUUCAAUCUGUUUCAGAAGCUUUGCGAGCGUCCUUUGGUGAUGGAACCAGAGAAUCCCAAGAUUUCCAGGGCAUAAUGAAUCAAUUGUAUGAUGUGAUGUACGAGUUCAACUUUUCUCUUCCUCCUGACUAUGCCUUGGUGAUACGAGCGCUUGGGUCUCUUGAAGGAACAGCGAAAGCAUUGGAUCCAGAUUUCAAAGUUGUUGAAAGUGCAUAUCCUUUUGUUAUCGGAAGACUCUUGGUAGAUCCAAGUCCUGAUAUGAGGAGAAUAUUGAGAGAGCUUCUCAUUCGCAAUGAUGGUUCUAUAAGGUGGAAUCGGUUAGAGAGACUGAUUGCAGCUAUAUCUCAGCAGGCUUCUGAGACAGAAGGAGAAACUCAGAAGAGUUAUUUGGAUUCGUUGGGAUCAUUUGAUAUACGUGCUGUAGUCUCUGCUACAGAAGAUCUUUUCGAAUUUAUUUUGUCAGAUAAGGGUUCAAGAGUCCGUGUAUUCCUUGUCAGGGACAUAGUUAAAGCAGCUGAUGUUUUCUAUCAAGAUGAAGUUCUAAAUAAUCUUCUUGAUGAGAAACUUCGAGCGAGACGUUUAUUUGGAUCUGAGGAACAUGGUAUUCUAGUUAGGGUGGUGCGGGGAUUUCAUUCCCUAGGACGUGCAGUGAAAUUAGCUCCCGAUUUAUGGUCAGCAAUGCUGAUACGCAUGGUGGUGAAACCCGAGUUCCAGAAGUUUGCUUGUGACAUAAGUUCAGCAUUGAUCAGUCACUUCAAGUACCACCUUCCAGUCAGCUUUUGGAUGUGUAUUUCUCGGCUACUGCAUAGAGUGGUUGAUAAAGAUGAAGGUGAAGAAUUGUGAUGUAGCAAGGUUGGUGCUUUUGGUUUUAUAUCCGUUGUUAUGCCCUUGUUAGAAUUUUCUUUUUUCCAGCGGAUGCAUGGAAUGAGGUUUAUUUGGGCAGGGAAUGAUAUUAUCAAUUUCAAGAUCAUAGAGAGAUUUGCAUAUAUUAUGCCCUCAGAAGUGACUUCAAGCAGUCUGCUUCUAGGUAUAUUGCUGGAUCUCACAGAGUCGAACUGCUUUCGUUUUUAGAUGGUGGGACAGAAAGCUAAGCAUCCCAUUACACAAAUGUUAAUUUGUUUUACAAAAGUUAACAGGAUCAAAAAGGGAAAGUACAGUAUACACUCCAAAAUGAGAAUGGUCUUCAAACGAACUAUUGACAUUCUACAAAGGUUACUUCCAUUUUACUAAUGUUAAUAGCAUCAAAGCUGACUCUUCAUGACACUUCCACUAAGAUUUCUAUGAAAUGCCGUGGAUCCCAAGAGUGUUUCCAUACUUUGGGGUUGGUUAUAGCCCUAUAGCUUAAUGAUAAGCUUAGUGAUAGGACUAACAUUUUUGUCCGUCUAGUUUGUAUUGAGUUUUUGUUGACGAACAUUAGUAAAAUGAGGAAGUAUUUAGAGCAUUAUUCACUUUAAACAACAGUCAAUUUCUUACUGGAACCUUUCUAUUUCGAGUGAGAAUGGUUUUCAUUCCAUACACAAUCAAGUGAUGGAUGAAAAAUACUUGUGCUAGCUUACUUUCAUUAUUUUACUCCUCCAGUGCAUCUGUAAAUGAGAUUGUACUUAAAGAAGAAACUGGUAUGAGUGUUUCCAUCGGUUCAAUUCAGGUAUUUUUCCCUGCA